GCCGCGGCCACACCUCAAGACUAGAGUGGACAUUUAUAUUUUAAGAAUCUCGAAAGUCACAAUCAAAACCCUAUCCUCAUUCCUCAAGCAAUGGCCGCCGCAGCACCGCCCCCGGCCCCAACUCCAGCCCCGGAGCCCGCCACAUCCCUCCCGGAAACCACCCCUCUCUUCACCCGCAUCCGCCUCGCCACCCCUUCCGAUGUUCCCCACAUCCACAAGCUCAUCCACCAGAUGGCCGUCUUCGAACGCCUCACCCACCUCUUCUCCGCCACCGAGUCCUCCCUCUCCUCCACCCUCUUCACUUCCCCACCCUUCCAAUCCUUCACCGUCCUCCUUCUAGAAGCCUCCCCCACCCCCUUCCUCAAUUCAACCCUAAACCCAAACCCUUUCUACAAACCCAUCACCAAACUCCUUAACCUUUCCAAUCCCAUCAACGACCCCGAGAGCGACACGUUCAAAACCCUCGACGGUGUUACCGUUGUUGGGUUUGUGUUGUUUUUUCCGAACUAUUCGACUUUUCUAGGGAAGCCAGGGUUUUACGUGGAAGACCUGUUCGUGAGGGAGUGUUACAGGAGGAAAGGGUUUGGGAGAAUGUUGCUGUCUGCGGUGGCGAAGCAGGCGGUGAAGAUGGAGUACGGAAGAGUCGAAUGGGUUGUUCUCGAUUGGAAUGUGAAUGCGAUUAGAUUUUAUCAAGAGAUGGGUGCUGAGGUCUUGAACGAGUGGAGGGUUUGCAGGUUGACUGGGGAGGCACUUCAGGCUUAUGGAGGAAGUAGGCAAGGCAAGGUGCGCGUUGGGGAUGGAUUUGAUUUUUUCCAUCCUCAAAAGAGGUGGGACAAGAUUAGGUUUGAGUAUAAAAUUGACGGAUUUAAAAUUUAAUAUUCAUCUGUUCUU